AUGUCGCCACUGCUAUCGAUCGUCAUAUCGAUCGGACUCGCCCACGCAUUUGAUGUACCGUGUACACAAAAACUAAUCGGAAACAAAUGUUUGUUUGAUGAGGAAUGUUAUGGUAUGAACACAGUUUGUCGAAAUGGUCGUUGCACUUGUCCGACAAAUUUUGAGGAAUUCGAUAUCGACGAUAGGACAACCAUAUGCCGACUUGCACCAUCUAAAAUAGGAGACACAUGUCAACGUGAUUGUAAACCACCGUUACUAUGUCGUGAUGGACGAUGCGAAUGUUGGGGAGGAAGUAUUGUCGAUGGGGAAUGCGUAGUGCCUUGCCCGGCUGGCCAACAAUUGUACGGGGUUGAAUGCACUAGAGUGGCACAUUAUGGACAAAUCUGUGAAAAGGAUAGUCAGUGUGUUGAUCCCUUCAAUGCAUGCGUUGGUGGAACUUGUCAAUGUGCUCCAGGAACUACAAGGGAUGUUAUGCGUGGAUUUUGUUAUGCUGUAUGUCCUGAUGGAAUGCAUCCACGUCAAACAUGUCGUCGAUUAUUCGUAAAUGAUGUGGAUAUGUUGGAGAAUGCAGCAAACACGGAUAGUUGUCCGUUAGGAUAUCGAUGUGUGACCUACGGUAGUCCAUACGUUGGUCACUGCUGUCGACUACGUUGUCCUUAUGGGGAACCGGAUCUCAGCCAAUCAUGUGAUGCUGGUUCAGCUCCGGAAUCAAAAUGUCGACCUCUCACACACUUUUGCUACUCGAUCACUGAGCCAGGGUGGAAAUCGUCACUAUGCUGCCCUCGUCCAUGUCGUGAUCCUACACCUCUUUACAUUAAUGGACAAUGCUUAUCCAUAGCGCAUAGGGAUGAUCCUUGUCAAAUUGACCAACAGUGUGAAGGCGGAAUCUCCAUGUCUUGCACGCUCGGCACGUGUCAAUGCAAGCUCGGCUAUCAUCCAUAUAAUGAUGACCGAUUUCCUACUUGCGAGAAAAGUUGCAAUCAACUGGAUGAAAUUCCUUCCUCGGAUCGUUGCCUUCAAAAAGCUCAACUAGGUCAACGAUGCCUUUCGAAGAAACAAUGUCCAAAUUUUUCGGAUUGCAAGUUUGGAACUUGUCAAUGCCUAUGUGGAUAUAAGCAAGUGCGGGACAACAUUCUUGGCACAAGAUGUACGAAUCCGGAUGAUCCGCUCAGUUUGAAUACGAUACUGACGGGCGUCGAACAACUAUUUGGCAACAAACGGGCCACUCGAAACUGA